AUGUCAGUUUGUGAGGAAAACAUUAAUGCUGUUCGUUACUUGAUUGAAAAGGAUAUGCGAAUAACCACCGAAUCGGUAGCAGAUACACUCAACAUUUCCGUGGAUUCUGCACACACAGGUCUUGUGGAGAGUUUGGGACUAAGCAAGCUUUCUGCUAGAUGGGUCCCUAGGCUGUUGCGCCCAGAUCAGCAGCAAACGAGGAACGAUCCCGAGGACGAAAUUCAGUCAAAGCAGUGGCUGCCCCGGGGUAGAAGGGGACCAGUCAAAGCAAAAUCUGAGCGUUCAAGAGGAAAGGUCAUGGCCACUGUCUUCUGGGAUGCAGAGAGGAUUUUGCUAGUUGACUUCCUCCAGAACACGAUGGCAAUUACAUCUGCUUAUUAUUGA